CACCUCACUGCCGCAGCACCUAUUUCCGGGGAACCGUGUUCGGCCUACACCGCUCCGGCUGUCUUCCUUCCGCCUCCCAUUGCCUUGUUCUUGCCAUGGCUUCUGCUGUAUUCCGGCUGCUGCAGCAAGGCCCUUGUCGCCUCUUGGCUCCGGUCGUCCCCACGCUGGCUCCUCCGGUUCGGGGAGUGAAGAAGGGAUUCCGUGCCGCCUUCCGCUUCCAGAAGGAGCUGGAGCGAUGGCGCCUGCUGCGCUGCCCGCCGCCGCCCGUGCGACGCUCAGAGAAGCCAAACUGGGAUUACCAUGCCGAGAUCCAAGCCUUUGGAGCUCGGUUACAAGAAACCUUUUCGUUGGACCUUCUCAAAACUGCGUUUAUCAAUACCUGCUACAUCAAAAGCGAAGAGGCCAAACGUCGGAACCUUGGCAUAGAGAAGGAAGCGGCUCUCCUGAAUCUUAAGGACAACCAGGAACUGUCAGAACAAGGGCUGUCUUUUUCGCAUCGGUGCCUCACGCAGUUUCUGGAAGAUGAGUUCCCAGACUUGCCCAGUGAAGGUGUCGAGAGUCUAGUUAACUUUCUCACUGGGGAGGCAGUUGUCUGUCACGUGGCCAGGAACUUGGCGGUGGAGCAGUUGACCCUCAGUGCGGAGUUUCCGGUCCCUCUGCCUGUGUUACGUCGGACUUUCUUUGCAGUGAUUGGAGCCCUGCUGCAGAGCAGUGGACCUGAGAGGGCCGCACUGUUCAUCAGGGACUUUUUAAUAACACAAAUGACGGGGAAAGAGCUCUUUGAGAUGUGGACCGUCGUCAAUCCCAUGGGACUCCUCGUAGAGGAACUGAAGAAGAGAAACAUUUCAGCUCCUGAGUCUAGACUCACCAGGCAGUCUGGAAGCACAACUGCUUUGCCUUUAUAUUUUGUUGGCUUAUACUGUGACAAAAAGCUGAUGGCAGAGGGACCUGGGGAAACUGUACUCGUCGCAGAGGAGGAAGCCGCGCGAGUGGCACUCAGGAAGCUCUACGGAUUCACGGAGGGCAGGCGGCCCUGGGACUACUCCAAGCCCAAAGAGAGCCCGAGAGCAGAGCAGACCAGCGUUGCCAGCUAGGCAGCAAGGGGGUACAGCAUCAUCAUGGAGCAAGGCAGUGAGACGGCAGAGGCGACAGCUCAGGGCACGGGGCAGUGCCCCGUUGCUCUUACUGUGCCCCUGCAGGUGGACAGGUGCUUUCAGGGGAUGGGUAUUUGUCUCACUUUUUUCUGUUUCUCUUACUUACUGGUUUAUUACUAUGUAUAAUUUGUAUAGCUAGGUGUAUUUUAUUCCCUCCAGCCUUGAAGUAUAGUCAAAUAUAUCAUAUGCGAAUUUCGUUGUAAUACAAAUAAAAAGCUAUUCUUUGA